AUGAAGUCAUCCUUCGCAACAUCACUACUAUCAGUGCUGGCCCUCUGUCAACAUACUAAGGCAGCAGCUACCUGCAGUAAUUUCACCAUCGUGGGCGCCAACAACUACACAAAGCCGUCACCCAUGACUUUUGCCGUCAGCCAAGGUGUCGUCUGCAAUGGAGCUUCUGACUGCCCGGUACUGGUUGGUGGAGACGUGACGUCCCAGCGCACAACAAACAUAACGGACUCUACUCCUGACUGGGCUUACCGACUCAUCAGCAAUGCAACUGGAUAUCCUUUCAACGCGACGUUGACCGGUGCGGUGGAGAACACCACUUACACGAUGCAACAAGGCUCGUCUGGAUAUAUCGGCUUCACACCCACAUACAGAUGUACACAAGGCAUUCUCUCAGACUGCGAUAACAAGGAUCUCGAUGGCACAGCUGUAGAAGCAUGUACACCAUUUGGCUGGGAAGACGGUAUGAUCAACGGUACCUUGGCGGCAGUUGCAACAUCGCCAGAGACUGCGUUGGCCCUGGUAUGCAAUCCCGCGAACACGAGUCUAGCUUCAAGUAGCAACACGACGGCCAAUCUCUGCAUCAACCCAGUUAACUCGUCUUCUGGAAACCCAACGGCACCGAAUCUGAAAGGCGGUGCUGGUGUGUCAAGCAGUGUAGGCACGGUUCUUUUGUCGGCCGCUUUGCUUGUCGCGAUGAUUGGAUUCUAG